CGUCACGCGGCUGCGCGCAGAGUGCGGGGAGCGGGAAGGUUUGAUUCUGGAACGGAUCGGGCGCGCUCAGCAUGGAGAGGAGGGCUCUUCGGGAAAUCUCUGCUUCCAGCAGGAAUGGGCCAAAUUUGAACUGGUCAUGGACUUCAAGAAAGAGUGUGGAACUGUUUUCUGGAAUGGGGGUCAGUCCCAUGGAAAAGGAUCCACAAGACACAGAAAACACACCCCGGGACUUAAUCAUGAAAAUGACACCCCCUCAGAAACGGGCAGCACCACGGGAGAAAGACGAUACGUUUGUGCUUGCUAGACGUCCUAGGUUUUCCAGGCCAGUUAAGCCAGCCAUGUCAUGGCAUGCAAUUCCAGAUGAGCUGCUACUGAAUAUUUUUUCGUACUUACAUCUGACUGACCUUCUCAGGGCAGCUAAUGUUUGCAAGAGAUGGAAUCGGCUUUCGUGUGACGAGUCACUCUGGUACAGCCUUGACUUAUGUGGCAAACAUUUGGCAGAUGGUGUAUUUGGAAGAUUGCUGUCCUGUGGUGUGGUUGUAUUACGCUGUCCAAGAACUGCUAUUGGAGAACCAAUGCUAACAGAUGUUGGAUCUCUGCGACUGCAACAUGUAGACCUUUCAAAUUGUACAGUAAGUACAGACGCUCUGCAAAACAUUUUUGCUUCCUGCUCCAGACUGCAGAACUUGGCAUUGGAAGGACUGGAGCUUUCUGAUGGCAUAAUGAGCUUCAUUGCUCAGAAUUCAGAUCUCAUUCGAUUAAAUCUUGGCGGAUGCUCUGGGUUCUCUCCAGAGGCACUCACUGCAGUGUUAAAGAACUGUACCAAGUUGAGCGAAUUCAAUCUGUCAUGGUGUGAUUUCACAGCAGAACACGUUCAAACUGCAGCAAGCAAUUUUCCUAGUUCAAUUACGGAAUUAAAUUUCAGUGGUUACCGGCAGAACCUAGAGCAAUCAGAAUUGGAAUGUUUAGCAGCAAGGUGCCCCAACCUUACAAGUCUAGAUUUAAGUGACAGUGUUUUACUGACUCCAGAUUGCUUCGAUGUGCUCAAGCAACUUCCACACCUCCAGCACCUUGGUCUUAGUCGCUGCUAUCAAAUAUGUCCUACAACACUGCUCGAGUUUGGAAAAAUCAGCUCUCUGAAGACACUUGAAGUGUUCGGCAUAGUGACAGACAGUUCGUUGCAGCUACUAAAAGAAUCCCUUCCUCACAUAAAGAUAAACUGCUCCUUCUUCAACACUAUUGCCAGGCCCACCAUGGGAACAAGCAAGAGGAACCGAGAGAUAUGGGGAAUUAAAUGUAAACUAACGCUUCUUCAAACAGAUGCUUUGUGGCCAGGAGAUUUCCUAUAUCCAACAGAUACAUGAAGUUCACUGUGAAGCUAUGAUCCUUUGACGAGACUCAUUUGGCUUCUGUUUUAUACUUGAAACUGCAAAGAUUUUGUAACAAUGGACUUUUUUAUUAUUUUUUUUUUAAAUGGAUAACAAAUAUAUUCACAUUUGUUUUGUACAAGCCCAUCUGUGCAGUACAAAAUAUGGAAGGCAAUGUGAUAAAACUAAUUUACAAGUUAGGCUCUGCCUGAGGUGUUUUAAGGAAACAAAAUACACUAGCUAUUAGUGAACACAUCUCCCAAGGCUAUGCCUAGCAUACAAGCAUGGGGUAUGUAGUUUAUAGGUUGCCAUAGAACUUCUGAUUAUCUACCGCUGAGAAAGGAUGAUGUUUAGAAGACUAUUGACUGGUCUAACAUCUGGAAUGCAUUC